CUUCUACGAGUCAGAUUCAUGGUGUGUGCGGUGGUGCUCGAUUCGUGACUUCCUCAUUCGUCUCGAGGGGCUUCGAAAUGGGGUGCUGCCAAAGCAGGGAUGCUGCUGAGCCGGAUGUAACUUUCACCAAACGAGAUUCUGAGGCGGUGCAACAAGGAAGUUCCGGCAAUGAUUACUUGCGAGGUCCAAUGCUCCCAGGGCCUCCUCAAUUCCCGGCUCCACCUGCUCCGGUCGUCGAGGAGUCGUUGGAGGGCAAGAAAGUGGUGGUCGGCGUUUUCGACUACAAGGCCAGGGAGGACGGUGACCUCACCUUUAAGAAGGGAGACAAGAUGGUGAUCCUGAACGACACCAACCAGGACUGGUGGAAAGUGCGUCACCUGGCCACCAAAAAGGAGGGCCUCAUUCCGUCCAACUACGUCGCCGAGGAGAGGUCUAUUGAGAGUGAAGAUUGGUUCUUCGCGAAGACAACGCGCAGGGAGGCGGAAAAGUACUUGAUGUCCACGCAAACGCCGCGAGGCACCUUCCUCAUCCGCAACUCGGAGCACAACCCGGACGGCUUCAGUCUCAGCGUGCGCGACUUCGAGGAGGGCAAAGGCGACCACGUCAAGCACUACAAAAUUAGGACGUCAGAAGACAAGACUCGCUACUUUGUCUCCGUCAACCACCACUUCCCAAACUUGCAAGCGUUCGUACAAGCCUACAGCAAAAACUCUCACGGGCUUUGUUGCAUGCUGACCCAGCCGUGUCCAAAGCCUAGACCAGAGAGGUGGGACCUCUCGCCGGCUCACGUAGACAGGUGGGAGAUUGACAGAAACGAGUUGGUGCUCACAAAGAAACUCGGCUCAGGCAACUUUGGCGAAGUUUGGCUAGGUAAAUGGAAGGACGAAUCUGUGGCUGUGAAAACCCUGAAGCCAGGGUCGAUGUCCGCAAGUGCCUUUUUGGAGGAGGCGGCCAUCAUGAAGAAAUUCCGCCACAAGAACCUGGUAGCGUUGUUUGCCGUGUGCUCCAAGGACGAACCUAUGUACAUCAUUCAGGAGUUCAUGAAGAAGGGCUCGCUGCUCGACUACCUCCGGCAUGGCGACGGCCGCUGCCUAUUGACCAACGACCUCAUCUACAUAUCCGCUCAGAUUGCAAGCGGAAUGCACUAUCUGGAGAACUUGAACCUCAUCCAUCGCGACAUUGCGGCCAGGAACAUUUUGGUCACGGACAAUAAUUUGGUUAAGAUCUGCGACUUCGGCCUCGCCAGGUUGAUCGAGGAUGAUGAAUACUGUGCAAAAGCAGGUGGAAGGUUCCCAAUUAAAUGGACAGCGCCAGAGGCGAUCCUGUACAACCGCUUCACGAUCAAGUCGGACGUGUGGUCGUACGGCAUCUUACUGAUGGAGAUCUUCACGUACGGCCAGGUGCCCUACCCUGGCAUGACCACCAAGGACGUGAUGGAAGCCCUGGAAAGGGACUACCGCAUGCCGAAGCCGCAUAAUGUGCCUAUGCCUGAUCAGGUCUACGAAACGAUGCUCAUCUGCUGGGACGGCAAUCCUGAAAGAAGGCCGACGUUUGAAUUCCUGAAGCACUUCUUUGAAGACUUUUCCACUUCUAUAGAGCUCGCGUAUCGCGAACCAGACAUGCAAUAAAUUCUGGUUGAAGGAAGACUGCUUAUAAAUUAAAAAUCUUCAUAUUGAUUGGGUACUCUUGUGAUAAAUUUUUGUCUUGUUGCAUUUUCAAAAAUUUUGUACAUAACUAUAUAUAUGCUUGUUUGUAUGCGCUAAUGUUAAUCA